AUGGCCUCUUUCGAACUUGCCGAUCACUCCCCUCAUCAGGCCGAUCCGUCUCCUCCUGUGUCGAGCGCCUCGAACCUCAUCUUCAUCGACAACUAUGACUCCUUUACCUGGAACAUCUACCAGUACCUCGUUCUUGAGGGAGCUACAGUCCACGUCUACCGCAAUGACAAGAUCACUCUAGACGAGCUCAUCACCAAGAACCCUACCCAGCUCGUCAUCAGCCCCGGUCCCGGCCACCCGGCCACCGACUCGGGCAUCAGCCGUGAGGCUAUCAAGCACUUUGCCGGCAAGAUCCCCAUCCUCGGUGUCUGCAUGGGACUACAGUGCAUGAUUGAUGCCUACGGCGGUGAGGUCAGCUCUGCUGGAGAGUGGCUGCACGGCAAGACAUCGCCCUUGACCCACGAUGCCAAGGGCGUCUUUACUGGCCUGAAGCAGGGCCUUCCCGUCACUCGCUAUCACUCCCUUGCCGGCACCCCAGUGUCCCUCCCCGAGUGUCUCGAGACCACGGCCUGGGUCGACAAACCUGAUGGGUCGCCUGGUGUCAUCCAGGGCGUCCGUCACAGGACGUUUACCAUGGAGGGCGUUCAGUUUCACCCCGAGAGUAUCCUCACCGAGGACGGUCGCAUCAUGAUCAAGAACUUUGUCCACCUUCAGGGGGGCACUUGGGAGGAGAACGAAAAGCUCAAGAAGGCGAGCGCCGGUCGAGCUACCGGCACUGCACCUACCAAGAGCAAGAGCAACAACAUUCUUCAGCAGAUCUACGCCAACCGUAAGGCUGCUGUCGCCGCUCAGAAGAUGAUUCCCUCUCAGCGCAUGGAGGAUCUCCAGGCUGCCUACAACCUCAACGCGGCCCCCCCUCUGGUACCCUUCCUGGAUCGUCUUCGCCAGACUCCAUUUGAUGUUUCCCUCAUGUCUGAGAUCAAGCGUGGGUCGCCGUCCAAGGGGAUCUUCGCUCUCGACAUCAGCGCCCCUGUGCAGGCUCGCAAGUAUGCCCUCGCGGGUGCCAGUGUCAUCUCCGUGCUCACCGAACCGGAAUGGUUCAAGGGAAGCAUCGACGACCUCCGCGCUGUCCGCCAGGUCUUGAACGGCAUGCCCAACAGGCCCGCCAUUCUCAGGAAGGAGUUCAUCUUCGACGAGUAUCAGAUACUCGAGGGCAGGCUGGCCGGUGCCGACACCGUCCUCCUCAUCGUCAAGAUGCUCGAGCCGGAGCUGCUCGAGCGCCUGUACAGGUACUCGCUCUCUCUCGGUAUGGAACCCCUGGUGGAGGUGCAGAACGCCGAGGAGAUGACUGCCGCCGUCAAGCUCGGAUCAAGGGUGAUUGGCGUCAACAACCGAAACCUUGAGAGCUUCGAGGUCGAUAUCAAGACGACGAGCCGCCUUCGCAGCAUGGUCCCGGAAAGCACUGUCAUCUGUGCUCUGAGCGGUAUCAACACCUAUCAGGACGUGCUGGAGAACAAGAAGGGCGGUAUCGACGCCGUUCUUGUAGGCGAGGCCAUCAUGAGGGCCCCGGAUGUGACCCAGUUCAUCAGCCAGCUCUGCUCCGGAACGGAUGCCCCGACGCCCAACGACGACCCCACACCUCUUCGUGUCAAGAUCUGCGGCACCCGCACUGCCGAGGCUGCCACGCGUGCAGUCGAGUCCGGAGCGGACUUUGUUGGAAUCAUCCUCGUCCCCGGGGCCAAGAGGUACGUCUCGGACGAGACAGCCCUGGCCAUCUCCAAGGCUGUGCACUCGCACUCGGGUUCGCUGCCGUUCAAGGGUGACGUCCCGGUAUCCGCAUCUGGCGCCACCGACUUCUACACGGCAGCCGGCACUCGGAUAGCCAGCCCGCGCCCGCGCCUCGUGGGAGUCUUCCAGAACCAGCCGCUGCAGGAGGUGCUGGAAAAGCAGAAACUCUACAAUCUCGAUCUGGUCCAGCUCCACGGAAACGAGCCGAUCGAGUGGGCCAACCUAAUCCCCGUCCCCGUCAUCCGCUCCUUCAAGCCGGGCAAUGUCGGCAUCGGCCUCCGGGGCUACCACAUCAUCCCCCUGCUUGACUCCGGCGCCGGCUCGGGCAAGCUGCUGGACAUGUCCAAGGUCAAGGAGCUCCUCGGCGCCGACCCGGAGCUGAGGGUGUUCCUUGCCGGCGGGCUGGACCCGGUCAAUGUAGCACAGGCUGUCAAGUCAUUGGGCGAGCUGGGUAAGCGCGUGGUUGGCGUGGAUGUGAGCAGUGGCGUCGAGGAGGAUGGUAAGCAGAGUUUGGAUAAGAUCUCUGCUUUCAUCAAGGAGGCCAAGAACGUGCGGUAG